AUGCAGGACCUACUGGAUCAGGAACUCGAACGCAUCGACAAGCUGCCUAAAUUGGGGCUUUUUUGGGUGGAGUACAGUGCCUUUGCUCUGGGAGUAAAUAUUGCCCCCAGGAAGCGCAGCUCCAAAUACUGCCGAUUAACACGCAUUGCGGUCUUAAUAGUCAAUUUGAGUAUCAUCUACAGUCUCGUGGCUUUUAUAAUGGAACACUAUAUGAUCUCCUUUGAGACCUACGUUGAGGCUGUUUUACUUACCUUUCAAUUAAGCGUUGGUGUGGUCAAAAUGUUUCACUUUCAGAGUAAAGUUGAAUCCUGCGCCCAGUUGGUGUUUUCAACGGAGGCAGGACAUGUCCUUAAAUCUUUGGGACUGUUUGAUUUGGAUUUACCAGAAAAGAAGGAGCUACUGGAAUCACUAAGCUCCAUAUUGCUCAACAAUUGGCAGAUCAUUGAUCGACAGGUCAUGUUCUUCUUCAAGAUCGUUUGCAUGCCAGUGCUGUACUACACAAUGCGACCCUACUUUCAAUACAUCUACGAUUGCUAUUUCGUUAAGGAUACCUGUGAAAUGACCCUGACCUACCCAGCCAUCGUUCCUUAUGCGCAGUUGGGAAAUUAUGAGUUUCCCUCCUAUGUUAUACGCUUUUUUCUACUGCAAUCUGGUCCUCUUUGGUGCUUUUUUGCUGUAUUUGGUUUCAACAGCCUUUUUGUGGUGCUCACUAGAUAUGAGUCUGGACUUAUAGAAGUUUUACGGUUCCUGGUUCAGAAUUCAACCUCGGAUGUGCUGGUUCCCAAGGACCAAAGAGAUAAAUAUCUGCAAUGUUGCGUGAGACUCUUUGCUCGCAUAUCCAGCCAUCAUUUUCAAAUCGAAAACCUGUUCAAAUACAUCAUCCUUGUUCAGUGCUCUGUAAGCAGUAUUUUGAUCUGCAUGUUGCUGUACAAAAUCAGCACGGUGUUGGAAGUUGGCUGGGUGUGGAUGGGCAUGAUUAUGGUAUACUUUGUGACCAUAGCUCUGGAGAUCACAUUGUACAACGUGAGCGCACAAAAAGUGGAGACGCAGAGUGAGCUACUUUUCCUUGAUUGGUACAACUGCAAAUGGUAUAAUGAGUCAAAGGAAUUUAGAUUCAUGAUCAAAAUGAUGCUACUUUUCUCACGACGAACUUUUGUGCUAAGCGUGGGCGGAUUUACAAGUCUCUCUCACAAAUUUCUGGUGCAGGUCUUUCGGUUGAGCGCAAAUUUCUUUCUGCUACUGCGAAACAUGAACAACAAAUAG